AUGACAACUGUAGUUCGCAUAGUGAAACAAUAUUUUGAAGAAAAUAAUAUACAAGUUUAUCCAUUACCACCCUACAGUCUAGAUAUUAAUAUAAUUGAAAAUCUUUGGCCAAUUAUUAAAGAAAGGGUAUCAAAAAAGAUGUUUCGUAACGCAUCACAAGACCAAGUUUAG